AUGAAGGCAACAUCAGCCGUGUUCUUGGCAGCCGCCGGAGCAUCGUUAUCUGCUGCCACUCCCACCCCAUUCGCCAUCUUCCCAGACAKCAACCUGUUGUGUCCCGGCCCAGACGGCGACUUCUGUGUUGGCGAUGGAUUGAGCACUCUGCUCUCCUGCGUUGCCGGUGUUCCAGAGCCAGCAGUCGACUGUGGCGCACAGACAGCUGGUCAACCACCACUCGGAUCAAUCGAUGCCUCCUGCUAUCAGUCCUCGCCCAUUGCUGGUGAUGCCGCAUGCACCAAGAACUGCGUGGUCUAUCCAUCGAACGGCGGCAGCUCAUACCCCGUCCCAGGAGCCUGCACUCCCCCCGAAGCAUCAACAUCAGACCAACAACCUCCAUCGUAUCCAUUUCCCGGAGCACCUCAAGCAGAAGCUUUCGCGCCGCAAGGGCCAAUGGAGCCAACAGACCCGACCGCACCGAUGGAUUCAAUGCCAGAGGGUAUCGAGUCGUCCUUUUCAUACAAAGGUCCCGUCCCGCCGAUGUUCCCACCCAUGAUGCUACCAACGCCUCCAUCUUACACUUCUGAGGCACCUCUGGAGGUCGAGACUUCAUCGGCGCCCCCCUCAAUCGCAAUGCCGCCAUCCAUCCCACCAAUGAUGAUGCCAACAGAGGCAUCGGCAGCACCGACUCCUGACGUCUACACGAAACCGUUCAUUCAAGCAUCUUCCGAGCCGGCCCCGGAAGUUUUCACCAAGCCUCUUAUUCAAAUGCCUUCUGCACCAUCAAUGCCACCACCAAUUUUGGAGACUCCAACUCCUACUCCUGCUGCUCCGCCUGUCAUGUCACCUCCUGAGAUGUCACCACCUGCCAUAUCAUCGCCAGAAAUGGCACCACCCGCCGUAUCGAGCGUCGAGGCCCCACCAGCACCACCAGUCAUGCCAUCCCCACCUGCACUCUCCACUCCACCAACCGCGGCCAACGCCACUCCAACAACAGCGUACAGCAUCGCGCCCUUCCUCUCUCACAUCCUCGGCUCCUUUAUGCAACCCCCACCAUCAUCCCUCCCGCUCCCCACAACCGACAUGAUUGCAUCCAGCACCAUCCCCAUGACACUUCCAACCCACACCUUCGCCUCCCCUUCCCCCUCAGGACCCGGUGUGGCAUACACAUAUCCCACCCCCUCGGAUUUCUCCCUCCUCCCCACCGCAACUCUCCCGGCCUACGUCACGACCGUCACCGUAGGCACCAAAACAAACUACCACACCAUCUUCUCCGACUGCGGCAACGGCACCAUGAUCUUCGGUUCCUCCACCAUCACUCUCCCCACAGGAAGCACGCCGAACGAAGUGCCCCUCUGGCAAACCACGGAAGGCGCAUCUCUACCUCCCAUCCCAACCCUCACGACCCUACCGUGCAGUGACGCCGCCAGCAUCAGCAGCAGCAUCAGCAUCGGCGGAUGGAACCAGACGACACCCGCAAUGCAUACUCCAAAGGCAACUAGUAGCAAGGAGUAUAGCUACAUCGCCACUCUUCCGGCCGGAGCGACGGGCACUCCGGAACCCAACAGUCAGUUUAGUCAGGGAGAUGGAUUCGAUCAUCAGGGCGGAGCGGCGGCGGGUCUCAGGGUUUCUGGCGAGGUGGUGGCGCUUGUGGGGUUCUUGUGUGGGAUUGCUGCCAUGGCGCUUUGA